CUGUCCACCCCGGGUCUCCCUGUGUGUGCCGCCUCCCACCUCUUCCACUGCACCUGCUCCUCCCCAUCCUGCCUUAUUACCCUCAUGUUCUCUCCAAGUGAUGCUUCUCAGCUGCGGGAGCGAGUGGCGGAGAACCCCACUCGUAGGACCGAUCUCUUGGGAUUAUUUUCGCCCCGUUAGAGUCACAGUAUUGACGGACGAAGGAUUCUAGACAUGUGGACUUCUCCCGAGAGUCAGCUGGAAGUGGACACGGACACAUUGUGACAGGGGAGGAUAGUGACUUCUGGGAAACAGGACCGCCCGGAGCGUGGAGAUCAGCCGACGUUGGUGGCACAGAAAGAACGAGUAACAACAUGAUUUUUGACUACGGUAAUUGAAAAAAAAAGAGAGCGACAGAGAGGGUCGGCAGUUUGCAAUGAAGUAACUAGAAGAGUGCAAGCUCGAUAACUUCGCCAUGAAAUCAGUGUUCUUCAGCCGAUUCUUCAUCCUGCUGCCUUGGGUCCUUAUAGUCAUCAUCAUGAUCGAUAUCGACAGCAAAAGAACGAUCUGGACUCCGAUCGGUGUUCCGCGCAGCAGGGCGCAGCUUGCGGCCCGAAAAGCGGGGCUCGGUGGCCCUAAGAACCACUCUGCCCUGCCGGUCAUCUACGCCAUAACUCCCACUUACACGCGACCCGUGCAGAAAGCCGAGCUGACACGACUGGCGCACGCUUUCCGCCAGGUGCCUCAGUUCCACUGGAUCGUGGUGGAGGACUCCACAGUGCGCACGGAUCUGGUGAGCCGCUUCUUGGCUCAGUGCGGUGUGCCUUACACGCACUUGCACGUCUUCACGCCGCGCAGGUUCAAACGCGCUGGGAUGCCCCGUGCCACCGAGCAGAGAAAUUUGGCCCUGGGCUGGCUCAGGCAACACCGGACACGCCGGGACGCCGGGGUGGUCUUCUUUGCGGACGAUGACAACACUUACAGCCUGGAGCUGUUUCAAGAGAUGCGGAGCACUCGAGGUGUGUCUGUGUGGCCAGUGGGGUUUGUUGGCGGCAGAGCAUAUGAGCGCCCAAUCGUUUCAGGGGGCAGAGUUGUGGGCUGGUACACUGGCUGGAGACCAGACCGUACCUUUGCCACUGACAUGGCAGGUUUUUCAGUGAACCUCCAAGUGAUCUUGGCAAAUCCGAGGGCACAGUUCAAGAGGCGGGGCUCCCAGCCAGGAAUGCAGGAGUCCGACUUCCUCAAGCAGAUCACCAAGGUGACGGAGUUGGAGCCAAAGGCCAACAACUGUACUCGGGUGCUGGUUUGGCAUACACGCACUGAGAAACCACACCUUGGAAAUGAGACCAAGCAUCCUAAGGACACGGUGCUCAUCGAAGUGUGAGCGACUGCAUGAAGAAAAGUGUAUUUUAAAAGGGAUUCUGGAUUCGAGAUAGCUGGCAUUUGCUGGUAGCUCACGCUCGCUCCCUUCAAACAAGUGCAUCAGUCAAGACCUUGUCAACAUGAACAGUGAGAGCUGGACAACACUAAACAAUGUCACUCCAUCUAUUUUCAAGACCUGAAGGACUCUUGGGGCUGACAGAGGGACUGGAGUAAAUCCCAGCUGACCUCGUUCCUGGACCGAUUAUCUAUCAAUUAGAGGGCAGCAAUGGGAUGUCCAUAGCGUGAACGGCUCCACCACAAAUGACCCCAAACAAGACAAUUAAAACCGUGCGUUUCUUCCAUCCUUGGUUGUAAAAUAUAAAAAUAAAAUAAAAAACAGCAUUGUGUUGAAGUCUGAAUGUGAUUAUUUUUUUUGAAGCAUUUAAGUAUUACUGGUGGUGCAUAACACUGAUGUAACACUCAACAUUCAAGACUUGUGGUCUGUCCAAAGUACUUGCCUACAUCGUCUGACAUGGUUUACCGUAACGUUUCUCAGUGUUAAUGCUUAUGAGAAUUCGGGAUAUGCAUGAAUUCACUUUCGAUUCUGUUUGACAGUGGUGCGUUUCUUCAUCUGGAUCGACAGGCAGAGUGGAGAUCGCCAUUAAGCAAUGGUUAAUUCGUUGUAUCUUGAAGUAAAUCAAGCAAAAGACUGGAUCAUGUCUCAUCUAAUUUGCGGUCUCAACAACGUACCACCAAUCGCUCAGAAUUUGAGCAAAAUCCACCAGGGCACUUUGCUGAAUGUAAGUAAGUGUCACGAUAUUCUGAGAGAAAUUGGCAGUCAAGAAAAUUUGCCAAAUGCUCAUCCUCAAUGUUGAAUCCUGAAUGAAAGCUACCUAGCCAUGUGGGG